ACACUUAAUCAUGUGUUAUCCUUGUGUCCCUGUCUUCAUUGAUUAUAUGAUGGCAUGAAGCAAAAUCACGCAUUAGCCAGUCAAGUUCCUAUUGUAUGUGGCGAAAGCUCGAGUAUAAUGGCCUUAAUGGAAGGGAUUGAGUGAUGUUAUUGAUGAGUCAUUGAUGCAUGAUAUGUUUGAGCCUUAGUAUGUGUUAUAAUGCUCAAGUUUACCUUAUUGUUCAAUAACAUAUAUUUACUUUUAAGCAUCUAUAAUUUGAAAAAACCCCUAAACAACUUUACUUUUCCUUGCUUUACUUUUCUUUGCUUGUUACUCAAAUGAAACCCUGUAAAGAAGCUUUUCCAUUUCGUGUGAGCAUAUAUGGUAUGGUGUGAGUAGUUAUGCAUUAGAAGACCUUGUGACAUACGACCUAGGAUAUCCUAUGAUUUUUAUCACUUGCACGAAUAAACCCCAUAAGUAGUAUUUUAUACCCACAUUUAGGAUAUAAUAUUAUUAUGUGGCACACUCUUGGUUGAUUUUAUGAUAGAAAAGUCUUGAUAUCCAAUGUGUGAUUAAUAGGCCUAAGAUAUUAUUUUGUAUUAUUUGAUGCCUUUCGGAUAGUUUUGGUGAUUUUCAGGAAAAAGCAUGCCUAGGAAGAAUAUUGGAAUGGACCUGAAGCAAAACCUUAAUUCUUGGAGGAAGACAGAAUCACAAAUGCCUAAGUUUUGGGUAGACCCGCUAUGACCCAUUCUAGCUGGAAUUUGGUGGAGAGGUUCACGAAUCUGAAGGAGACGUGGGCACCCAAUUUUGGCUCGAUCUGACAAUGGAAGACCACGAUGGCCCAAAAUCAUUGUUGACAGCCGGUACUUUAGGAUCUCUUGUCGUGCAAACCAGGUAAGACGAUUCCUAGUUCAAAUAAGAAGGGGUAAACCUUAUGUAAUGUCAGUUAGCAUUAUCGGCUUGGGGAAUUAGUAUAAAUAGGGGACUUGGGACACAUUGUACAACUUUUUGGACUCCAAAAGGUCAAAAGUUUCUCCAUUUUUGAGGAAAAUUGCAUCCAUGAUCCCAAACUAUAAUAGUUUAGCGUUAAAUGAGAUAAGAGAAGCAGCCCUGUUGGCGCCCUCUCUCUCGAUGUCGAGCUAAACCUCCCAUCGGAUAGGAAUGCUAACGAUUGAUUCCCUUUUGGAAUCUUACCCAUAAAUUAAACACUUCAAAGAGAAAGAGAGCUAGAAUAGGUAAGGAUGCUAGCACUAGUUUCACUAUUGUUGAUGUGUCUUUGACGGAAGCUACUGUUUUAUGUUGUUCCGCAUCAACCUCAGGAAUAAGAUGUUGUUUAGAAAAUAGAACCAUGUGUAUCCAUAAGUAAUAAUACAUUGACAUUGAGUUAAUGCUAAUGAUCAUCAUUCUUAGUUGAAUACCUCGACUAUCAUGCACGGCAUGUCGAGAAAACCUGCAUUCGUGGUAGUAUAUAUUUCGAAGAACGAAUACAUGACAAGACAAAGAACUGCACAUGCAUUGGAAUUGAAGAAUAACCGAUGAUUGUUCUAUGGCAGGAUGACAAAUCGUGCAUAGAAAAUUAUUGGAUCACUAAUCAAUAAAUUAUUUGAUAUUUUUAUAUGGCAUGCCACUAUUGAUAUCAGUUCUUCAUAACUAUCCGAGGCAUGAUGAGAAAUCACACACUUAGGGGGGUUACAAUUGCCACAUGAUGAGAAAUCGUGAGCGAGAGUAUGUUUCCUAGUAAGAUUGAAGUGAGAUGAUCCAAACACCUUUGUCUCAAUCAAUAUGUUCUACUAAACAAAGUUGGUUCACUAGGUGAAACAAUCCGACUUUAUACCUCUUACUUUGCCUUUCAACCCGUUUCUAACUUCUAUUUUACCUUCCUACUUAGUAAACACAACAAUCAGGAAAAAUCAACCUCAUCUGAAGAAUCUUCGAACCACUAGUAGUGGAUUUAAAGCAGAGAAAUUGCUAGAGGUCCUACAGAGUACGACACUAUACAUUUGUUUAGGUCGUAAUCGAUUUUUGCUACAUACUAUAGCCAUCAAGCUUUGUCUAUAUCUUUUCUUGUUUGGUCAUUUAAUAGACAUAUUUUGAUUGGAAGAUGGUUUUAAUCUCAUUUUAAAUUUUUAUAAUAUUCCAAUUUAUUUAUAUUGACACUUUUUUAAUGCAUGCAUACAGAUGUGUGGUGAAGAAAGAAAAGAAAAGUAAAUUGGCAAUAGAUUAAUAAGGUAAAUAGUAGGUCAAACUUGAGAUCAUAUAGCAUAGUAACAUAUCCUCAUCGAAGGAAUUGUAAUUUAUCUAAAAGCAAGUUCAAGUUCCAAUUGUGAAACGUCAAAUAGAAGAACCAUGCAUGGCUGCACACAACUAGCAUACAUCGUCCCAAAUCUCCAUCACAUUAAAUGAUUUACCUUUAAGAAUCAUUUGUAGGCACACCUAAUCUAUAUAUCUUUUAAAAAAAGUUUCUACCUUUUACUCUUCUCCAUAUUAUUUUUAAUUUUUCCACAAAUAAAAUUAUGAAUCAUAAAAUUACAUAUUGUAGAAAAAAUAAUAAGAAGAAUUAAUGUUUUAUGAUGGAUGCUAGUGAGCCAAGCUGAAUUCACGAUAGUCCAGUGAUAGUCUUUCUUUUCCAUCUUCUUUUCCCAAUAAAAAACAAACUAGAGUUUUUUUUACAAUAUCAAACAUAAAAUCCCCCUCAUAAGUUUGUUUUGUACAACAAGUAACUGCUAAUAAUUCAUUUUUCUCUUAUUUUUUGAUUUUUUUUUUGUCUGCAACAAGAAUAAAAUUGAAGAAAAUUGAGGAGUGAAAGCUCUCUUAAGUUCAUCUUAAAUUGGAUUGAAAUCUCUCUCAUCUUCUGCAAUCAGUCUGUAUAGAUGUGUUGCUAUAUAUGAAACUCAUUUGACCCUUUUGAUUUCUUCGUUCUUUUAUUUUCCCAGAAUUUCUUUCCCUCUUUCUGACGGAUUAGAAGAGAACUAGUAGGGACGAAGAAUUCGACACGAGAAUGCUUUCUUUUAGCUAGGUAAGAAGAUUUUCUUGUCCAUUCUUUUUUAUUGUGAUUCUCGGGAUUUCCCGAAUAUGAAGAUAAUGAUGAUUGUGAUUAUGUGUUCUAGGUUUGAUGGAUUCAUCCAAAUGUAUAAAGAUAAUCAUCUGAUUUUUUGUUGGUUUUGGUGUUUGCCUAUGAAACCUCUUAGUUGAAUAGUUGGUAUUUGUUGAGAAACUUUAUGUGGUUGUGGACAUUUCUAUAGCCCUUUGGUAUUUGUUGAUCAGGCUAUGCUCAUUUUGUGUAGUUUGAAAUAAUUUUUGGAUUGUUCAAAGAUUUUUUCAUGUGGAUCGUUUUCUGGUUUCUAAAAUUCAAUCUACGAUUGAUCUUCAAUUUUGGGAUUAGUCUUUUGGCUUCCUUUCUUUCUGGCAUAGGUAAAAGUCUACAUUUAUUUCUUGUUGGAUUGACCGUGAAAGUUAUUAAACUAGCGUUGUAAUGUGGGUCAAAACCUUGAUUAUGCAGUUCUAAAGGUAGUUGUUGGUUGAAUCUUCCAUAUAAACAUGCAAGGGAAGUAUGUUAGGAUAGACAAUAACAGAAGACAACCACCAGCAUCAAACAACUACUACUCGACUGUACCUAUCGUGGUGUUUGUAGCCCUAUGUUUGGUCGGUGUGUGGAUGAUGACAUCAUCAUCCAAUAUUCCUGGGCAAAAUGUAGACAUGCAUGUUCAAGAAACCGACAAGAACGAUGUGAAAGAUCAAGUGAUAGACAGCUCCAAAAGUAGUACUGCUAAGCAAGUAGACAUUAUCCAAGGUGGUUUGGCUGGGGAUGCAAAUAAAUCAAUAGAAGACACAACAAAUCCACAAGAAGCAAACAAUUCUAUUGUACCGAAAGAUCAUAAGGAGAAUAAACCAAAAGAGACAUAUCCACAAAAUCAUGAUGAGAAGCCAACAUAUAUGCCAAAACCAAAGCUCGAAAAGAAUCCUCUAGAGAAAGCAAAGGAAAAACCUGUUGAAGAGUAUGCAUCAAGUAUUGAGGCACAAUAUCGAAAAGAAGAUGUAGAUUCAAAGCUUGUUGAUGGAAAGGUAAACCAAUUUGGCGAACAAAAAAAUCCCAAUGUUGGUCAAGCUAAUGGGAUGGGGCAAGGAGGAUCAAAGAAGAAUAUCUUAGAAGAUGGUAAGCCUAUUUCAUAUCAAAAUGAGAAGAAACCUGAUUUUGCAGAGAUCAAUAAGACAUUAGAUGAUAAACCUGGUGAUUCAAGAUUUGAGGAAGUGAGUGAAGGCCAAGUUGUGGAGAAAGGGGUUGAAAAAGACAAUAUGGAAGUCAAGAAUCAAAGUUCAAGUGAAAAUUUUCCCUCAGGAGCUCAGGCUGAGCUUACAAAUGAAACCUCAACAGAGAAUGGAUCAUGGUCAACUCAGGCAGUGGAAUCAAAGAAUGAGAAGGAUACUCAAGAAUCGGCUAAAGAGCCAGUUGUAUUCAAUUGGAAAUCGUGCAAUGGCACUGCUGGUCCUGACUUCAUUCCUUGUUUGGAUAACUGGAGAGCUAUUAAGAAUCUUAGAUCGAAUAAGCAUUAUGAACAUAGAGAGCGACAUUGCCCCGAAGAACCUCCAACUUGCCUAGUUCCACUUCCAAAAGGUUAUAAACGCCCAAUCGAGUGGCCUACAAGCAGGGAAAAAAUUUGGUACUCUAACGUACCCCACACAAAACUUGUUGAGUAUAAGGGGCAUCAAAACUGGGUGAAAGUUGAUGGUCAAUACAUUAUUUUCCCUGGUGGCGGAACUCAGUUCAAGCAUGGCGCUCUCCAUUACAUCGAUUUUAUAAACGAGAAUGUACCUGACAUUGCUUGGGGAAAACGUAGUCGUGUAAUCUUGGAUGUUGGAUGUGGAGUUGCUAGUUUUGGAGGGUUUCUCUUUGACAGAGAUGUAUUGGCAAUGUCACUGGCCCCUAAAGAUGAGCAUGAAGCUCAAGUGCAAUUCGCUCUCGAAAGAGGAAUCCCUGCUAUAUCUGCUGUCAUGGGCACGCUGAGACUUCCCUUCCCAAGUAAAGUAUUUGAUGUAGUGCAUUGUGCGCGUUGUAGGGUGCCGUGGCAUAUUGAAGGUGGUAAACUUCUUCUUGAGUUGAAUCGAUUGUUGAGGCCAGGCGGAUAUUUCGUGUGGUCUGCUACUCCAAUAUAUCAAAAGAAACCCGAAGACAAAGAAAUUUGGAAAGCAAUGAGCAAAUUAUUAGAGACAAUAUGUUGGGAGAUUGUGACUAAAUUUAAGGAUAGAGUCAAUGGAGUUGGCCUAGCUAUUUACAGAAAACCAACGAACAACACAUGUUAUGAAAAGAGAUCAAUACAAGAGCCCCCAAUGUGUGAAGCAUCUGAUGAUCCUAAUGCGGCAUGGAAUGUGCCUCUACAAACAUGCAUGCAUAAGGUGCCCGUCGAUUCUCUAGAACGUGGGUCGCGAUGGCCUGAACAAUGGCCAUCUAGACUGGACAACACUCCAUAUUGGAUGUUAGGUUCUGAAAUGGGAGUUUACGGCAAACCACAACCAGAAGACUUCGUUGCUGAUUAUGAGCAUUGGAAGCGAGUCGUCUCCAAAUCAUAUAUCAAUGGGAUGGGAAUAAAUUGGGAAACCGUUAGGAAUGUAAUGGACAUGAGAGCUAUCUAUGGAGGGUUUGCAGCUGCUUUGAAGGAUAUGAAUGUAUGGGUGAUGAAUGUUGUCCCAAUUGACUCCGCUGAUGUAUUGCCCGUUAUCUAUGAGCGUGGUCUAUUUGGAAUUUACCAUGAUUGGUGCCAGUCAUUCAGUACGUACCCAAGAUCAUAUGAUCUUCUGCACGCCGAUCAUCUAUUCUCCAUGAUCAAGCAGAAGUGCAAGAUAGUUCCUCUAGUGGUAGAGGUCGACCGUAUCCUAAGGCCGGAAGGAAAGCUAAUCAUACGAGACACUACUGAGAUCGUGAGAGAGGUGGAGAGAAUCCUAAGAUCGAUGCAGUGGGAGAUCCGAAUGACUUACAACAAGGACAAUGAAGGGUUGCUUUCUGCCCAAAAGACAAUGUGGCGGCCAAAGGAAGUUGAAAUGCUAGAUUAUGCUAUCAUUACUUGACUUAUAGAGCUCCUUCCCUAAUAGUUAUGUAAUUUGAAGGUUAGAGUGCCCCCUUAUUCCCUUUAUUGGGUUAUUGGAAGUUUCACUUAUUUACCAACAUCUGCAGUAAUCGAGUUUUCUUCCAUAAGGGUCCAAAAAAUCAAUUAACUAUAAUAGCCUAGCUCACUAUACCACAUCCUUAGCUUUUUUUGGGUUGUUGGUUUUAGAUGUCUCAAGUUGAAGUCCCUGUAUAGUUGCCCACCAUCGAGUGUUUUUUAAAGUCACCAAGUAAAAUGGCAAUGGUCACUCGGUACAAGGAGGUAGAGCAAGAGAACCUGGACAAACAUCCAUGUUUUAACUGUUGACAUCAUAAAUGGAACACUGUAUAAUGGCGUCGAGAUUGACUACCAUGCAUGUAUAAUAUGCUUACUUUGAAAAUGUAUGUAUACGGAAGGGAUUCAUACCACCUUGUGUUGCUCAACUGUGCAUCUAUGGAAAGAUAUGUUCUUUUAAUAUAUUUUUUUUUAUCUCCUGUCUUCCUCUUUUCUUCAGUUUUCCCUUUGUCUCUUUAUCUUGCUCACUGCACACAUCAUUCUCAUUCUUGCCCUCUUUAUGAUUCAAUGCCGAUUGACCACCUCAUACUCCUUGUAGCUAGUUUCUGGCACAUUUGAAAGCCGUAUACAUACUAAACUAUCUGCUCCAAUAACCAUUCCCACCCUCGUAUGGAAUGGCUUGCUAACGCUCGUGCUCUUUAGUAGACCUUAAGGAUUGACCUAAUUAUGACUCCCUCCACUGACCGUGCUGAUCAACUAAGAUUCCACUAUGACAAGUAUUCCAUCACAAAUGACAUGUUAUGAAAGUGAUUGUUUCUAAUUCCACUUGGAUGAUUUUGUGACGACAGUGCUGAAUCUUUGUUUUUGUUCAUUGGCAAGGUUCUAAAAGGCGCUAGGCGUAAGGCAGGCGCUCGGCUCCUGACUUGUGCCUUGCCCGAUUAGGCAUAGCCUAGGCGUUCAGAGCAUAAAUGGAAAAAUUCUAAAAUAUUUCCUGUUUUCUGGAAUAAUUCAUAUAAUUAAGUGCAUAUAAAAUUAACAAUGCCUAGUUCUUAACAGUAAACACUUAACAUAACAAAUAACAAGCAAAUAGUAACCAAUCAUCUGCUAAUAGGUGCUUAUUGAGGCAAGAAGCUUGUGCUACGUACCGAGGAGAAGGAAGGAGCAGCAAUUGACGAGUUUCGACUUUAUUUCCCACUAUAGCAGUGGAGCGGUGUGAAGGCGAGAAGAGUGAUCGAUUACUUUCUCCUGCGGUGGCAGAGAGCAGCAAAUGGGGUGAGAGCUAGGGCGGGAGGCGGUAGCAGAUGGGGGCGAGAGCUAAGGCGGCAGGGCAACAGAUGAUACUCCCCGCGUUUCUGAUUUUCUAGGGCAAGAGGCAAGUUUCUGAUUUUCUAGGGCAAGAGGCAAGUUUCUGAUUUUCUAGGACAAAACGAAGAGUAUUGGGUUUAACCGCCUAAGCUUGCCCAGGCACGCCUUCUCUCCACUAGGUGCAAACUAAGCGCUAUUCCUACCUACUAAGCGCUACCAGCGCCUUUUACCACGCCUAUGGCCAAGUCAAGGCGAUUCUCCACCGCCUAGCGCCUAAUUGAGCCUAGGCGCGCCUUCUUGAACCCUGUUCAUCGGUAAUUUACCAGAGUUAAGGCUCUACUUGUGUACUCAAAAUGAAGUGGCUCUCUCGGAAUCCAAUUGUUGUUUACCACAUUUCCUUUGUUAAAGCUUUGAAUGACCUGUUUACAUCUUAGCCCCCAGAAUCCAGGAGAAGGACGCCAUCAAUUAUACAACCUUAUUUAUGUGUCACACACUUCACAACUAUAAAACAAUAUCUGUUUG